AUGCUACGGCCCAGCAAGGUAGUCCGAAGGCAAUGGAAGGAGCCGCCAUCUGCCAUCAUUGCUGCGAUCGAUGAUCACCCACCAUGGUACAGAGAUGUCGGCAUAAGGAAGAUGAUGUUCCCAAUUGCCCUGAUCUACCUGACGCAGGUCUGCACGGGGUUCGAUGCCACUCUGACGGCCAAUCUGCAAAGCUUCAAGGAGUGGAAGCGUGAAAUGGGUAACCCGAAUGCCUCUCAAAUAGGUAUCAUCACUGCGAUAUACUUCAUCGGCUGCUUUUGUGGGAGUGUUCCAUCGCAAAUUGUUAUUGACAAAUAUGGCAGAAAAUUGGGGCUCAUCGUCGGCCAGCUUCUGACCGUUGCGGGAGCAGGUUUCCAGGCCGGUUCACAGGGCCGCGGCCAGUAUAUGGGCUCACGAUUUAUCCUCGGGUUUGGGAUAGCAUUCAUCACCUGUGCUGGUCCUGCGCUACUAUCUGAACUCGCCCAUCCUCGCUUCCGCGGCACCCUCGUCUCCUUCUUUAAUCCAUUCUGGUACUUUGGUUCCAUCAUCGCCGCAUGGACCUGCUUCGGCACGAGCCACAUGGAUUCGACAAAUACAUGGAACUGGAGAAUACCAUCAUGCUUGCAGGCCUUCUGUCCUAUCGUCGUGCUUAUGUGUGCCUAUUGGAUUCCCGAGUCUCCUCGAUGGCUUAUAUAUAAGAACCGGAAGGAGGAGGCGGCCCAAAUCAUUGCACAUUACCACGGCAAUGGGAAUCCAGAUGACACCCUCGUUUCGACACAGCUUGAGGAGAUCGAGCUUGCUGUUCUGCGAGCACAGGAAGGAGUUACUUGGAAAGCACUUUUCACCCAAAAGGCGAAUUUGCAAAGGUUGUUAAUUGUCAUUUCGAUGACAUUAAUGACACUUUGGUGCGGCCAGAACAUUAUCACAUACUACUUCAGUAGCAUCCUCAACAGCAUAAAGAUCACAGGGACUACCCAACAGACUGCCAUCAAUGGCGGCUUGAGCAUUGCAAAUCUCGUGUCGUCGUGUGUAGGCGCACUCAUGGUAGACCGGAUGGGCCGACGUAAGCUGUGGAUGGCAUCCUACACCGGGAUGAUCAUAAUAUUUGUGCCCUUCAUCAGCCUGUCGGCCAUGUACGCGCAACACGACCGGACCAGCGAGGGCUAUGGUGUCGUCAUCUGCCUUUUCCUCUUCGACAUCAUGUAUAACGUGGCAUGUAACCCGCUUCUAUAUUCGUACGUCACCGAGGUCAUGCCCUUCUACAUGCGCUCCCGCGGCUUGGCCGUCAAGAACCUGGUUGGUCAACUCGCCCUGAUCGCGAACAUGUACGUCAACCCAAUCGCUCUUGAAGCAAUUGGAUAUCACUACUACAUAUUUUUUCUCGGGCUCAACUGCAUCUGGCUCGCGACCAUCUGGCUAUUUUUCGUCGAGACCAAGGGAUAUACGCUCGAGGAGAUCCAGCAGUUCUUUGAUAGUUCUCGCGAGUUGGAAACGGUUGUUUUGGAAAGCAAAGGUACCAUGGAAAAGCAAGAGAUGGAAUCCAACAUCAAGUCCUGUAAGGCCUAG